AUGGCCAGGCUCACCUUAUUGGUGGUAGUUGUGAUGCAGCUGUCCCAGCCGCUGUCUGCCACCCCAUUCUCAUGGACUAAGUAUGGCUCCAUGGGGCCAAUAGGAUUCGCAUGGCCACCUGACAGGACGUGGAGCUUCGAUACUGUAUUGGACGAGCCGUGUGGCGCGCCUGGUGUUGGCAACCGGACCGAGUUCCCACUGACAAACGGUGCCAUAUCCCUUCAACAGAAGCAAGAGGCCUACGACUUUCAGGUAUCCAUCACUUAUAGUUCAAACCCGAACAAUAAAAGCACAUUCUUCCCCGUCACCCCGAUCCAGUCCUCGCUCGAGUACACUCGCCUGUGCCUCAACCUGACGACUCUCCCCAACGACGUAACGGCCGGACAGAACGCGACGCUGCAGCUGCAGUAUACAGCCCCGUGGUAUGGCUACCGGGACGAGCAGAGCAAGCGGCACAUGGAAGCCAACGAGACCUUCUACGUCUGCGCCGACAUUAUCCUCGUGGAGAGCGCCGAGCUUCUCCUCGACGAGAUUCCGUCGUGCUUUAACAUCUCGACGGAUUACAAUAACGGGGACCAGUGGCCGGAUUGGCCAUGGGAUAAUGGUGAUGGUGACGACGGGUCAGAUCAGGAUGAGGCCAAGGGGGGUGUGAAUGGUUCCGGCAUCUCCGUCGGCGCAGUUGUCGGCAUCGCCGUCGGAGGGUUCCUUGCUGUCGCCAUCAUUGCUGCCAUUGUAGCUUGGGGCAUCUACUUGGCAAGAAAGGGGAGGAAGGCGAGGGCGGAGGAGGAAUCGAACAAGAUGUCAAAGGAGGAAGAGAUUGCUGCCGCGAAGAAACUCGACGAUUCUGAUAGCGCGUCUUUGAGUUGA